AGCCGUCAUUCCAAAACUCGAACGGCCAAAGGGUGCUUUCCUGAAAACCAUUUGAAGCCUGCCAUGGGUUGGGGAAAGGGCAAAGGCUAUUGGCAUCACCAUCAUCAUCCUCAUGGCAUUGGAAGGGCCGUGGCAGAGGUUGCCGUUGUUGGCAGUGCAGCCAUUGCCGGAGCAGCAGUUGCCACCGCUGUCGCAGCAAACCGCGCACCACCGCCGCCACGGCGUGAAGUCGUGGUGGUCCCAGCAGUAGCCACAGCUGCACCUGUAGCCACUGCAACCCCUGUGUUUGGAACGGCGACUGCUCCAGUGGUGGUUGUGAAAGGAAAAGGAAAAGGAUGGAAAGGCAAGGGCAAAGGCAAAGGCAAGACGGAAGUCAUUGAAGUUCCCCCUCUUGGAGUGUCAGCAGUUGGCAUUCCGGCAUCUGCUCUCUCGAAGCACGAGGGUGUGACCUUCUUUGGUGUGGAUGUGGUGCCAGAGACCGGGGCUUCCUACCGAGUGCAGAAGCGAUACAACGACUUCGACCAGUUGAAGGACAGCCUCAACUAUAUGGCGCCAGGGUCCAGAGUGACCUCCGAUUUUCCUCCAAAGCAUCUCUUUAGCUGCGAAGGGCCUAAACUUGAAGACCGACGCCAUGGCUUGGAGAGGUGGUUGACCCGUGUGCUGAACGAUCCCCACAGCCGGGGCCUUUGGUGUUUGGAGCUUCGCGGAUUCCUCGAAGUCGGUGGGGUCCAUACCCUUCCAGACCAAGCACCGCCCCUGGCAGCCUCUGCACCAGCCGAAGCUGAAGGACAAGUCUUGCAGAUUGCGAUUCCCGCGGGAGUCAGCGGCGGACAGACGUUGUCUGUGACCGUGCCUGAUGGACAACAACUCAACUUCACCGUCCCCCCGGGUGUGUCCGGGGGGUCAGAGCUACAAUUGUGGUAUGACCCAGUAGCUGGCACUGUCAGUCCUUUGGUCUGACCGUGCCUUGAGCUGUUGCCAGCUAUCAAUCCUGAAAUCCAGAAGGUUCAGUGCUGCUGGGAGCAUGGAAUCUGAAGGUUUAGUGCUCUGGAGAGCAUGCUUGCCCUUGCGCAACGUUUCACUUACAACAUGAUUCACUCGCGAGCCACCGUUUCUUGGGCAGUGGCAAGGAGUGUUGGCUUUCCUAGAAAGCCGUCAAUCACGUUUUCAUUUUUGCAUAUUUUUGCAAAGUGCUUUUUUUUGCUCAUCUCUUUGCAUUGCACAGAACAGUUAUAGAUAGAAAGCGCGUCGAACGAGAGAAA